UAAGAGCAGCAGAUUCGUAACCCUCUUUUUAUUCAUUUAUAUCUUUAUAGUCAUAUUAAUUACAAUUUGACGCCUUCAUUUAAAGGAAGUGCUUUUUGAAACACCUGACAAAUACAAUUUGUAAUUUGUAUCUCAGGACUUGAUCAGCUAUCUGAACAUCGACGUCCAAGUGAACACACCCCGUUCAUUCAUGGCCAAGAGCAAGAGAGGAGGGAUUUACGUUAAAUUGCAUCAUUUUUCACAUUCUCGUGCAAGGCAGUUUGGCAACAGAUUUGAAGUCUGGACUCAUUACUAAACACUCAAAGCUGCUGAAAAACACCUACUAUCACGUUUACAAAAGGUUACAAAAUGGGAACUUUUACAAAAAUCUUAUUAGCAAGUUUAUUUGUUGCUUUCCUAGCUGUCAAGUGGACUGCACCCAGGUUUGACGCAGAAUCUCUCAAAGGUGCCAGGGUAUUGGUGACUGGGGCCAGUACGGGUAUUGGUGAACAAAUUGCAUAUCACUAUUCCCGCUUUGGAGCCCAGGUAGUAAUUACAGCAAGGCGGGAGAAAGUGUUACAGCAGGUGGCAGAGAAGUGCCUGAGUUUGGGAGCCCAGAAAGCUCUGUACAUAGCAGCAGACAUGGCCAGUGAGUCAGACCCUGAAAAGGUGAUAAAUUUUGCUUUGGAAAAGCUUGGAGGGUUGAAUUACCUUGUUCUCAACCACAUUGGCCCUAGCCCCUUCAGCAUGUGGGAGGGAGAUGUGGAGCACACCAGGUGGCUGAUGAAGGUCAAUUUCUUCAGCUAUAUUCAGAUGGCUUGGAAAGCUUUGGCCUCCCUUGAGCAAAGUAAAGGAUCACUGGUGAUUGUUUCAUCACUUUUAGGUAAAAUGUCCAGUCCCUUCGUAGCACCGUAUACCUCAACAAAAUCUGCCUUGAAUGGUUUCUUUGGGGCCUUUUAUCAUGAGCUUGCUAUGAAGAGGAGCAAUGUGUCCAUCUCUAUAUGUACACUGGGGCUCAUUGAUACUGAAUCAGCUAUGGAGAAAGUCAGGGGAGUCACUAAUGUUCCAGCCUACCCUGCCACAGAUGCCGCCUUGAACAUCAUCAUUACAGGAGCUACAAGACAGCCGGAGCUCUUCUACCCUUGGUUCACCCAGGUUAUAAUUCUUAGCAAAGACUGGUUCCCUUCCAUCACAAACUAUAUCAUCCAGAACUCCUACAACUACAGCCCAUGAGAAACAUUCUGCAUCUGCAGUACCAUUAUGCAUGUUCUAGAUUAAAUACAUGGUUUAUUGUUUGGUUAGAACUUCAUAUUUAUCUGACAUUGAUACACUGGGCAUGAUGAUGCUCUAGACAGCCUUGUCUGUGAUUAAUAAAUUCCACUAUCCUAAUUUACCUUUUGCCUGUUUUGGGGGUAUUUUUGCCCUCAUUUAAUAGUGGAUGGUUGUGAUGUGACAGGA